UGUAUAAAAAGCUUUGUCAGUUGAGUUCUUCUCAACCACUCACCUCUUCGAGCUUCUGUGGAAAAGCAAAGUCAGGCACCACCAUGGUAAAGAUUCUGCUGCUGGCUUUGGUCUUUAGUCUGGCUCAUGCUCAGGAUUUUGCAGAGCUUCAAGGAAAAUGGUAUACCAUUGUCAUUGCUGCUGACAAUCUUGAAAAGAUAGAAGAAGGAGGGCCACUGAGAUUCUAUUUUCGUCAUAUUGAUUGUUAUAAAAACUGCAGUGAAAUGGAAAUCACAUUUUAUGUCAUUACAAACAACCAGUGCUCCAAGACCACAGUCAUUGGGUACUUGAAAGGAAAUGGAACCUACCAAACCCAGUUUGAAGGUAACAAUAUAUUUCAACCUUUGUAUAUAACAUCAGACAAGAUUUUCUUUACCAACAAGAACAUGGAUAGAGCUGGCCAGGAAACGAACAUGAUUGUUGUUGCUGGAAAAGGUAAUGCUUUGACACCUGAAGAAAAUGAAAUACUUGUGCAAUUUGCUCAUGAAAAGAAAAUUCCAGUGGAAAACAUUCUCAAUAUUCUUGCUACAGAUACUUGUCCUGAAUAAAGGCCUUCCGUAGGUGAGAACAGGAUGGCAAUUAUGCAUCAUAUCCUCUUGAUCAUGGAAUCAGCAUCACAAAUAAAUCGCCAUUUCAUUCUACAUGAAUUGUCCCAUCUCCUGUAGAGCCAGGAUACCACAUAUCAAAUUCCUGGCUUAGCUUUCCUUUCCCAUCACAUGAUGUAUUACCUGUUCUUAUUUUUUUGACUGAUUAAAUAAAUUGUUUCAAGAAGCAAUAAA